AAGACCUGUUUAUGUUUCACCCAUGCUUGAGACCGAGACUUUCAGUUUCCUCGCGCAGACGAAUUUCUUUCCUUUCGAAACCUCCAUCCCAGGGGGCCCAACUCUCCUGGUCAAUUGCGUGGUUAGUGCAGGGCAACAUGUUUACGAAGGCUCUCCGUGAGCACAGGGAGCCGCUAAAAUACCUACCAUCUGGUCAAUUGCGGCUUAAUAUGACGCCUGCCGCGUCAGUGGACCCAGUUAUAGGUGAAAAGCGCAAAUUCGAUGCGCCUCAGAGUUCUCGAAACACACUGGCGUCGCUUCAUAGCACUGUGUACUUUGAUGAAAAUGAUUUUGAAGAUGACGAUGAACUGGACUUUAGCAGCCCAAUCGUUCCACUGUCUCCUGGCAAAGAGCUUUCAAAGUCAUCAUUCGUUUCCGAGAACACUGUAAAAACCCCUCCUCUCCCAGAGAAUAACGCAGUCGAUCGUGAGGUCGCCCCAGCAAGCAGUGCCCCUCUCCCGUGGUCAUCAUCGCCUCCCUCUCACUUCCAACCACCCAAGCGGCAGACAAUUCCCUGGCUUGAAAAAGAACCAGUACCCUCCCCACCAGCACCUCCUCCUCCACGACAGGAAGAGAAGCCUUUACAAGCCGCGACCACAAAAGCGCCUUCUUACCCUUGGAAUAAGACAUUGAGUGCUGUAAAAGAAGAUCAAAAGGAGCUCCGAAAACAGCACAAAACCAGAGCCACGGUUGAAAAGCAAGGGUACAACCCACCAAAACCUGUCCCUAAAAUUGCGCGGAUGUUCCUCAGUGAAGAGCAGAACCAUGUUCUUGACAUGAUUGUGAAAAAGGGCCACAGUGUAUUUUUUACUGGAUCCGCUGGAACUGGAAAAUCGGUUUUGAUGAGGGAAGCUAUUCGGGGAUUGCGACAGAAGUAUAAAAAGGAACCAGAUAGGGUGGCUGUCACAGCAUCCACUGGGUUGGCUGCCUGUAAUAUUGAAGGCGUCACUCUGCAUAGCUUUGCUGGCGUUGGUUUAGGCAAGGAAGACGCUACAGGUCUGUUGAAAAAGGUCAAACGCAAUCAAAAGGCCCGAAAUCGAUGGCUUCGGACAAAGGUAUUGAUCAUCGAUGAGAUAUCAAUGGUAGAUGGGGAAUUCUUUGAUAAGCUAGAAGAGCUCGCACGGAAAGUUAGGAGUAAUGGACGACCGUUUGGCGGCAUCCAGCUGGUUGUAACCGGGGAUUUUUUCCAGCUACCACCAGUCGCUGACUCUAGUAAAGAAGCAAAAUUCGCCUUUGAUGCGAACACAUGGAAUACAUGUGUUCAACAUACAAUACUUUUGACCCAUGUCUUCAGGCAAAAAGACCCAGGAUUCGCCUCUAUGCUGAACGAACUGCGCCUUGGACGCGUCACCCAGAAAACAAUCGAUGCAUUUAAACAACUAUCCCGUCCCUUGAAUUUUGAGGAUGAUCUCGAGGCAACUGAACUGUUUCCUACAAGACACGAGGUAGAAGGCGCCAACUCUACCAGAAUGGGUCGCCUUUCGGGAGAAGUGAUUCCCUUCACCGCAGUGGAUUCCGGCGCAAUCCAGGAUAAGAGUAUGCGGGACAAGAUGCUAGCCAACUGCAUGGCCCCGCCUUUGAUACAUCUCAAGAAGGGCGCGCAAGUUAUGCUCAUCAAAAAUAUGGAUGACUCUCUUGUGAACGGAUCAUUGGGUAAAGUCGUUGCAUUCAUGGACGACAGCACAUAUGAUCAUUAUGUGAGGAAUGAGGACUCGUAUCAUAGUGGCCACGAGUAUAAUAGGGACGAUGAAUCGAGCCGGGCUCGCAAGAAGAUAAAGUCGAUGGCCUACGACCCUAAGGGCCUCGGUGUUACAACUGCCAAGUUGUGGCCACUAGUUUCAUUUGUUCUUCCAGAUGGCACAGAACGCCAACUUCUCUGCAAGCCCGAGACAUGGAAAAUUGAACUCCCAAAUGGUGAAGUCCAGGCUCAACGCCAGCAGGUGCCACUGAUUCUUGCAUGGGCGUUGUCGAUUCAUAAAGCCCAAGGGCAGACUCUUCAGCGAGUUAAAGUGGAUCUGGGACGAGUUUUUGAAAAGGGUCAGGCGUAUGUUGCCCUAAGUCGCGCAACUUCGACAUCUGGACUUCAGGUUACGCGCUUCGAGCCGAGAAAGGUCAUGGUCCACCACAAGGUCAAGGAAUUCUACGCAAAUUUAUCGACUACUAAUGAUAUUAUUACUUCUAGAGCCCAAGCAAACAAGGCAGCGCCUACGGAUGAUGAUAUUCCUGGGCUGGACAGUGAUUUGGAAAGGGAAAUAUAUGCCCAGGCGCUUGGUUAGGCGUUCUAUUCGUUCUGUUUGAUGGGCGGGAAGGCCAUCUGCAGCGUAUUGUUAGACGAUAGGCGAUGUACACUAGUUU